CACAACCAGAGCCUACUCAUCUCAAAGCGCCGUUAAAUAAUGCAGAAACAAAUCCCUCUGUUUCCAGCCUUCUCUCUCAGCUCAAGUCCUCGUCUGGUCCUGCCUUAAGCGCGAAUACCUCCCUUCAAAUGAGCAACUCGUCUUCUACCCCUUCCAUUACACCUCCAGUCGUAUCAUCAGCUAGACCUGCGAAAGACGCCCGGAACCUAACGUUCCAGCAGGCUCUACCACACCUUGCUCAACUCUCUGAUGAUCCUGCCUUUGUUGAAGCAGUCACCAAAAUGCGUCGUGAACAGAAUGACUUAGAGAAACAGCUCUGGGAAGAAAGACAGGCUUUGCAUGCUAAACAAGAGGAGAAGGUUAAAAUUGCUGUGAACAAAGCUAGCAUCACAGGGGGACUUUCUGAGCGCGAUGCAAAUGCAAUGCGUCAAGUAUUCGAAGUCGAGCUGAGUAAAUUUGACCGCGAGCGAGUAUUACUUGCAUGGGAUGGGUUAAUUUCGCGCCAACAAGCUGCACUUGAGAAGCUUGGUGUUCCGGCAAUGUUUGUAUCCAGUGAGGGUUCUGAUAGGGAGCGCCAACAACGAGUAAUCCAGGUUCUAGAAGGCAUUUUGGGCUCAAGUGAGUCGAAGGGGGCACCGUGAAGGCGAGCAGUGGGAGAUUUUGUACUGCAACUCUUGUAAUUUAAGUCUCGGUUCUUAAGCUUUUCGUGCUGCGUGACUUCUCCCGCGUAUCUGUUCUUGUGUUAUGAAUGUCUGGUGACACAUGGUCUUGGCGCGGAAACAUGUAUUAGAGGGGUUAUGUCGGACGUCAUUGUUUGAUGGAGC